UCAACUCCCACCCGCGCCCCAUUUCCCACACCCUUUUACAUUGUUCUCAUCGACUCCCCCACCCCCACACCUCCCCUCUCCCUCCCUCCCCUCCCCUCCCCCCUCUUCUCUCUCUCUCUCUCUCUCUCUCUCUCUCUCUCUACUACCACCGCCAUGCAAGCACUCCAAUCCUCCCCUCUCCUCCCAACAAACCCCCACCGCAAAAAACCCAAUGCCUUCAAGCUCCCGGCCUCCGCCCGACCCAUCACGGCCUCGGCCCCGAAGCGCGAGACGGAUCCGAAGAAGCGGGUCGUGAUAACGGGCGCGGGCCUUGUGUCGGUGUUCGGGAACGACGUCGACGCGUACUACGAGAAGCUGCUGGCCGGGGAGAGCGGCAUAACGCUGAUCGACCGGUUUGACGCGUCCAAGUUCCCGACCCGGUUCGGCGGGCAGAUCCGGGGGUUCAAUUCGCAAGGGUACAUUGAUGGGAAGAACGACAGGCGCCUGGAUGAUAGCCUUCGCUACUGCAUUGUUGCUGGCAAGAAGGCGCUCGAAGACGCUGAUCUCGCCGCCGAUCGCCUCGGAACGAUUGACAAGGAGCGAGCUGGUGUGCUUGUCGGAACAGGGAUGGGUGGUCUUACAGUGUUUUCUGAUGGCGUUCAGGCUCUCAUAGAGAGAGGUUACAGGAAAAUCACCCCAUUUUUCAUACCUUAUGCUAUAACGAACAUGGGUUCUGCCUUGCUUGCAAUUGAGCUUGGUUUUAUGGGACCCAACUAUUCAAUUUCAACGGCCUGUGCUACCUCCAAUUAUUGCUUCUAUGCUGCUGCCAAUCACAUCCGUCGAGGUGAGGUUGACUUGAUGAUUGCUGGUGGAACUGAAGCUGCCAUUAUUCCGAUUGGCUUGGGAGGCUUCGUUGCAUGUAGAGCUUUGUCUCAAAGAAACGAUGAUCCAAAAACUGCUUCUAGGCCAUGGGAUAAGGAUCGAGAUGGCUUUGUUAUGGGUGAAGGAGCUGGAGUGUUGGUGAUGGAAAGCUUGGAACAUGCAAUGAAACGGGGUGCACCAAUUAUUGCAGAGUACUUGGGAGGUGCUGUAAAUUGUGAUGCUUAUCAUAUGACAGAUCCAAGAGCUGAUGGACUUGGUGUAUCUUCAUGCAUUGAAGGAAGCCUCCAAGAUGCAGGUGUAUCACCUGAAGAGGUUAACUACAUAAAUGCACAUGCAACUUCCACGCCAGCUGGUGAUUUAGCUGAGGUGAAUGCCGUAAAGAAGGUAUUCAAGAACACUUCAGAGAUCAAAAUGAAUUCUACAAAGUCUAUGAUUGGUCACUCUCUUGGAGCUGCGGGGGGUUUGGAAGCCAUUGCUACAAUAAAAGCCAUCAACACUGGGUGGUUACAUCCUACUAUAAAUCAAUUUAACUUGGAGCCUUCUGUUGAGUUUGACACCGUCGCAAACAAAAAGCAGCAGCAUGAAAUCAAUGUUGCUAUUUCGAAUUCGUUUGGCUUUGGUGGACACAACUCCGUCGUGGCCUUUUCUGCAUUCAAGCCCUGAUCAAGCUUGCCCUAAUUCUGGUAACCAGAGCAAAUCUUGGUUGUUCGACGAUAACUAAAAUUUUCAGAGGCUGCUUUGUCUUGCUUCUCGAGCAUUGGUGGUUAUUUAUGUAGAACGAAUCUAGCUUUUAUUAUUGUCCUUUUUUCUUUUUUUUUCCUUUUUUAUGUAUGCGAGCGAAUAUGUUGUCCAAGUCGAGAAUGAAAUUUUGUUCCUUUGAAUUGUACCGGGGGCGAUGGGUAUCAUCAAUUACGAAAUUGCCCACCUAUUUUAGGUUGCUUUUAGAUAGGAGCGUCAAACGGGUGAAUUUGGGUAUUCUGUCUGAAAGUUGUAGACGAGAUUGACGCUCCCUUGCCUGUGGUAUGAAUGUGAUGAGACCAAAUCUCACUUGUGACAGAAAUAAACAGUUAAAGCAAUUGAAUAGUGCUCUUCUGGUA